AUGGGAGCGCGCCCACACUAUCGCCCACCUCCAUUGCUUCAUUGUCUAGCCGGAUCUCUUCAAUCACCGGCCGUGAAUGCGAGCGCUGUGCCUCCCAGAUGUGCGCAGUGUUUCCGCGACCUCGACGGUGAGGUCUACUUCCGGUUCGACGAUCGCAUCUAUUGCCUUCACGAUUUUGAGAGGCUCUAUGCUCCGAUCUGCCAGCGUUGUAAAAGCCCUGUUCUAAACGGCCACGUCAUCAAGGCGGCCACCGGGUCCUACCACGCCGAAUGUUUCAGCUGCGACGGGUGCUUGCGGGAUCUUGAUGAAGGCGUCUGGGUCUCGGAUGGAUUGAUCCUCUGCUUUGACUGUAAACACAUCAUCGAGCCGGAUGAGUUGCUGAAGCUGCACCACGACUGCUACCACGCCUACCAUUUUGAGUGCACCACAUGCGAGCAGACACUGACGUCGACUGGCCGGCGAUUGAAUGAAAAGUGGUACUGUGAGCGGUGCUAUGAUUUACAAUGCCCGAGCUGCUACGAGUGCAAACGGGCCAUCGACCCCGAUCAAGAGCGUUCUGUGGCGGCUAUGGGGCAUCAUUAUCAUGUUGAGCAUUUCCGAUGUGCCCGCUGCCUCGUACCCUUUCACGGGAAGCCAUUUUUCGUCAACCGCGAGCUGCCCUAUUGCCAGAAGGACUACAUCGAGAAUUUCGGGGAGAGAUGCUUUGUGUGCUCGCGCGGACUCACCGGGGAAUCCGUGCGAAUUUUUAACAAGGGUUGGUGUAAGGAGUGCUACGCAUGCCACUGUUGCCAUCGACGCUUGAAGCCAAAAGACAAAGUGCUCGAGGAGAACAUGCAGCCGGUGUGCAAAAAGUGCAUGGAGAGGAAGAUGUUCCAAACGAUGCUCAAGGAGAGGCAAAAGCGGAUUGCCGAGGAGGAGAAGCGCAAAACU